GUCUGAUACGCGUGAUGGAGGCAGAAAGCAGCAAGAUCGCCAACGCCGGCUACCAGUUCAAGACGGCGAUUGUUCCGCACGAGAAGUCGCAGCAGGUGACGACGAAGGUGACACAAGAGGGCGCCACCACGCUGACGGAGACGGUGACGACGACGGUCACGCAGGCGACCGUUCUCAUACAGGGCGGCGACGGUGGCGGCGACGGUAGUGGGGCCGCGAAACGUAUGAAGAUGGAGGAGGGAACGGAGGAGGAAUUCGAACGCCUUUCUAACGAACUCACCGACUGGCUGGACAACAUGGAAGAGAGGUCAUAUUGGGGUCACACAGAGGGUCGCAGGCGGGGUCACCGUACCGAUCUUGGCUGCGGACCUUCCAUCGCAUCGACGCAGAACAGGUUCGACGUCCUCCGUCGCGGAGACGGGGAACAGCGGCCACCUCCUGGACGCUCUGUGCGUCCGCUCGCAGACUCUUGA